AUGGCUACAUCAACUCCCACCAGCAACGAUCGCCUGCCGUCAACCCUCUUUACCGUAUACCAGACGUACAAGCGCGGAACCUCUGUGGUACUGGAAUGGCUUACUACGUUUGACCAGAUCUCGAUUGGCAAGUCCAGGACUAUCAACCAACCACAGGCAUCAGUAGCAACCGCUCCCCCAGCAGCACCAAGUCCUGUCACCGUCAAGCAGCUGUUGGAAAAAGCGAGAAAAGCGUCGAAGAACAAACGCAUUCCUCCACCAGCGGUUCAUGACGCGUUCAAAGUCGUUCUCGUCAACCGUAACAAGCUCACUAAGUAUUACGAUCGUCUCCCUACAGCUUCGGCUGAUACCGUCGCGGCAACAACGCGUCACAAGGUCUUCAAUGAGACUCUCGCCCAGGCUUAUACCAUUCUCUUCCCAUCACAGACGUCGAAAGGCGCACCGAAAAAGCAGACCACCAGUGCUUCGCAUGCGACUGCCACUUCCAACGCAUUCGAGGCGCUAGCUCAUGUCGUCGAGACGGAGCCUGAGUUCGACAGCUGCGCAUCGGAUUUCUGGCAAACCGAGACUCCCAUGCCCACGACGACAUCCAGUAUAACCGACGAUUCGGUUGGUGACGCCAUAGCGAUGCACACCUACGUGUCAGAGCUACAAAACACAGUCGAGACUAUCAAGACCAUCUGGAAAUCUGCUGCUAAGGGCGAAAUCCCCCUAGCUGCAGCUGGAUUUCUCACGAACGUAGUCCAUAGUUACUUGUUCAAAUGGAUAGCUGCUCACUCGCCCUACCAUGAUAACAACGACGGGAUACUAUAUCGCUUCUUCAGUACUGAAGAUGGGCGAUCGGUUGCAAAAGAGGGAUAUGUACAUAGCUGGUUGGAGGAUGUCGAUGCAUGGAGGAGGUCGAGCGAGGGAGAGGGCUUUCAAGAACUCACUCACGGCUAUGGUCUCCUCUGGCCAAUCAACGAGAUACGCCGGUUCGAGGCGCUGGUAAAAGCCGGAGACGAUUCACUGAUUACCGCUGAACGCUGCAGAUUCGAGGACUACUUCAAAACUCAACGCGACCAGCGCGUAUUGAAAAGCGAGCUUAUCGACUCAGUUCUAGAUUGUGUUUCCACCAGCGACACCAGAACUAGAGAUGAACACUACCAGCAUAUGCACCAAAUCAUCGACGAACGUUACGAACACGAUCGGGGCUUGGUGAUGUCGAUGUGUCGAAGCAUAUAUCGGCAUCCAAUAUGGAACGGCCCUAUGGACUUUAGCCCAGAUGCUGAUACAGACUGGUUUGAUUACACGUUCAAAGAGGAAUACCUUCAAUUUCCUUUAGGUGUUCCUCUGUUAUGGGGACUGAAGGCAUGCCUAGAACCAGACUCAGUGUCGCAAACCACUCUAGUUAUCGGCGCGCACACCUUCGUAGAAAGCUGUCGAAGCUUCAUCUCGCAACAUCCAAGCGAUGCUCCACACCGCACAAACAACAGAAUCAAGGUCCUGUCUUUCGCACGCAACAGCCGGAUCGCUUUGCAAAAGCUACUGGAAAACAAAUCGGAUCCAGUGAAAGCCCUCCAAUUGGAACCAGCGUGGGCCGAUAAUGUCAGGAGUACCAUCAAACAACUCGAUAAGUUUACCUCUGAGAAGGUAUUCGAUUUGUAUUCUCAAUCGCCUUGGGUGACUGGAAGCUACAUGGCGACAAUCGCGGCACGCAACAUGAUGCUCGGCCUCGGAUUGAUCAGUGCGCAUGGGUACGUCUCUGAUCUGCUGCAUUUGUACAACAUGUUGCAGAAGCUCAGGGUUCCAUGUCCUCAGAUGCCUUUGUUGGAACAUCUUUGUGAUAUUCUUGGACCGGCCGUUUUCCCACAUAUGCAGGGAAGACCUACAAACGACUUCGACAACAUGGCUCGUAUUGCCAAACGUGACCCUCUGUGCAGCAAGAAUAGAAAGUGGAUGCUUGCUGGUAAAAGGCUAAAAGAGAAAGCAAUGGGGACGGAUGAUGCAGGAAUGAACAUGGUGAAGCUCUCAGACUUUGCAUCCCAGACGCUAGCGCAACAGUGCAUUGUCGAAGAGCGUUUACUAGCCAAAAUACUGGACGAAAGGCUGCUGGCAAAAAAGCACAAUCUGAUGCCCAACAUGAUAGCUCGCUUCACGCCAUCCGAUGUUCUCCUGCGCGCAAAAGACCACUUCAUGCCGGAGUUCGACGGUCCAUGUCCCCUAGCAAAGGUCAACUACUUUGCCGUCAUGGACCUAGUGCUCGACGUCUGGAAAGAAGUUGCGUUUCAACUCGCCAAACCCGACGGGGUGCCAGAGAGCGUGGGAGAAUUCGUGGCGAUAGCCAAAGCGCGUGGAGCCACGGGUCCCAGCUCCAACUUCCAAUCGAACACACUGGAAGCAGCGAUUGGUUUUCUAGGGGUCGUCAGGUACAAUAUCGAUCACUUCGAAGGCAAACGUACGGACGCGUCUCGGUGGAAAUCGUUACAGCAAAACGAUGGCUUGCUCUUACUGCGCGAUGCGGUUGUCAAGAUUUGCGGAAAUGUCAAGUUGGAGGAUUUUCUAUGGAUGGACAUGUGA